AGAUGGGAUGGCCAGUACAUUUGUAGGCUAACUAACAGACCCUUCGAUGAACUGCCUCAGCAAGUUCACUGUCAACUUGGUCAGACACAGCUUGGCGACAGUCACAAACGAACUGCUUUCAUUCCCCUAGUGUCUUCAGAUGACACACAGCUUUUCUUUCACGUACAUGUAUGCACUUUUGUCGUGGACCAACAGUUGCAUGCUGGUAACUUAAUUCUUCUUUUGUCGCGGACUUGACAGGACGGAAGUUUUGUUCAUGGUGGGUUCAUGGAUUCCAUUCGUAUUGGUGGUGUUGUGAUACCUAACCACAAGAGGGUGGAGUACGCACUGCAAUCCAUCCAUGGCAUUGGCCGGGCACGCGUCCGUCAGAUCCUUUCAGAGCUCAGUUUGGAGAACAAGCUCACCAAAGACCUCUCCAAAGAGGAGAUCAUCACCCUCCGUGAGGGGAUCGCAAAGUACAUGAUUGAAACAGACCUAAGACGGGAGUGCGGCGGUCGAGAGAUCGAUUGGAAGGGAUUAGAUGCUACAGGGGCAUCCGGCACGCGGAUGCUCUCCCGGUACGUGGCCAGAGAACAAAGACCAAUGGCAGGACUCGCAAGGAAAAGAGGGCUUGAGUUUCCAACAAGUCGUCCGUGA